AUGCUCGUCUCGACUACGCAGUUUGCGCGCUUCGGCGUGCUGGGCUCUCGCGGCCUGCAGCUGCAAUCUACCCUCACCAAAGGACUGACCGCCACAUCCCUCUUCUCACGCCAAUUCGCCGUCAAGGCCCCCAGAUCGAUAUGUACCGCUCCCGUGAGCCAGACCUUGAGGUCACGCCCCGCCGCCAGCCAAUGCCAGUUUGCCGCCCGUCGACAUGCCUCGUCGAGCGCAACGCGCGCAUCCGCACCUGCUGCCUCUGCCUCAUCCACUCCCGGCCUUGACUGGAACACUUUCUUCACAUUGCGCAAGACGCGGAGGCGGUAUCAGCUGGCCUGUAGCGUCGUUACCAUGAUGAUUGGCGGAAGCAUUGCCGGACUGGUACUCAUCAACGUCGACGUCGACUUCCUGGGCAAGCUGCCUCUCGACCCUUUUAUUACCCUGGGUCUCAUCACCAUGAGCUCGGCCGCACUUGGCUGGCUCGCUGGCCCGAGUCUGGGCUCUACCCUCUUCUACAUGGUCAAGAGGGGGGUCAAGACACCCAUGGCCCUCAAGGAGGUGGAAUUCUUUGCUCGAGUUAAAAAGAACCGUGUGGACCCCAGCGUCAGCUCUGUCGGAAACCCCGUUCCUGACUACUACGGUGAAAAGAUCUCCAGUGUUGCUGGAUACAGACAAUGGCUCAAGGACCAGCGAGCCUUUAACAAGAAGCGAACGAGUUUCCUAUAA